AUGCGAAAGGCGUUCGGUAAACGUGCCUUGAGGGACAUUAUAAUUAAGAAGGACCCAGACCUUCUGUGCAUUGUAGAGCCGAUGAUCUCUGUGAGUGAUUUCCCGAAUCUAUUUUUUAAUAAAUUGGGAUUUCAUAGCGAUGUUAUCUUUAAUCAUAGAGCAGAUAGAGUCUCUAACCUGUGGAUUCUUUGGAAGCGCAAUCUGAGAGUGCCCGUGGUUGUCUCUAAUUCAGAGCAACACAUAACUGCCUCCAUGUCUUGGGGGGCCCAUCGAAUACAGGUGACAUUUGUGCAUGCCAGCUGCUUCAGAGCAGAGAGAAGAAUUUUAUGGACGCUUUUGGCGGCUGAUUCCCCUUUGGUUCCUACCCCGUGGGCGAUGAUGGGUGAUUUCAACGCCACUCUUCACUCUCAUGAAAAGCGAGGCCCAGGGAACUUUAGUCUAGGCUCUGCAGCGGAGUUUGGAGCCAUGGUAGAUGCUUGCUCCAUGUCUCAGGUUCCCUCGAUUGGUAGAAAAUUCACUUGGACAAACAAUCGAUGCAGUGGAAAUGUUUGUUCGGUUCUGGACAGAAGUUUCUGUAACGAAGAAUGGCUUGACAGUUUUCAGAAUUGUUCUCAAUAUGUUCUUCAACGUAUUGGUUCUGAUCAUGCCCCAUUGCUUCUUAUGUCUGAAUAUAGUCAGAGGCCUCAGAAUUGCCCAUUUAGAUUUCACCGAUUCUGGAUGGAUCAUGACGACUUCGAUAGAGUGGUGGCGGAUUCUUGGUCGGAAUGGAUUUCGGGAGCUCCUAUCUAUGUCCUUGUCAAUAAGCUUAAAAAGCUUAAGGGUGUGAUCAGAGACUGGGCAAGGUCUGUUUUUCCUCACCUGGAUAGGGCGCUGGAAGAGGCAAAGAGGGAUCUAGCUCAGAUUCAGGAGCAGAUUGAUAUACAAGGUAUGGAUGAUCAGUUGUUUGCCUUGGAGGCUGAGGCUAAGACUACCCUGAUUAAGGUCAUGGAGAAUCAUGAAAAAAUGUGGGCUGAAAAAGCAAGGAUUAGAUGGCUGAAAUUUGGUGAUAGAAACUCCAAAUUCUUCCACCUUUCUACAAAAAUGAGGAGGAAUAAGAACACGAUUAGAUCACUUAAGAAGCAGGACGGCUCUAUGGUUGAUGAUCCCAUCCAAAUAGGGAACUACAUAGUUGAUUUCUAUGAGAAUUUUCACAAAGUUACCCCGACUGUUCAGCAUGAGGAAUUACUGGAUAACAUUCCCUUGAUCUUGAACCAAGUUGAUCAUUACCACUUGGGAUGCCCUUCCUGGUGA